AUGAGCUACUACCGCAGCUACUAUGGAGGCCUGGGCUAUGGCUGCCGAGGCUUUGGGAACCUGGGCUACAGCUAUGGCUGUGGAUGUGGCUUUGGAGGCUACAGCUAUGGCUCUGGAUGUGGAGGCUGUGGCUAUGGCUGCCGCCGUCCAAUUUACUAUGGAGGAUUUGGAUUCUCCCGCUUCCACUGA